CCACCAUACGCAAUCAUUACACAGACGUGGGGACUAUACUAUACUAUACUCCUAUUUAGGUGCGGAUCAACACUAUAAUCAUCGGUGUUUAACUUUCGGUAAAACCUAUAGCAAAAUUGUUUAUCUAUAUACUAUAACAUCAUGUUCUAAGCAUAAUUAGCAUAUUAUGACACCUAUAAACACGUUAUGACACCAACAAACCAAUUUUCUGAUCCACCACUGCUCCUAUACUCCUAUACUAUACUGGAGUAUUACUACCCCUUCCUCCUCGUGUACUUUGCACUUGCCAAUUCCAUUCCAUUAUUAUAUAAUCCUCCCCUCCAAACCCAUGCCCCUCCUCCUCCUCUCGUAACCUCGCUGCUGCACUGCACUUGCGUAGGAGCCUAGCUAGCUAGCUGCUGCAGGGGCUCGAGGGGUAGAAAAGGAUGGUGUCGGCGGCCGCCGGUUGGGCGGCGCCGGCGUUUGCGGUCGCCGCCGUGGUUAUUUGGGUGGUGCUGUGUAGUGAGCUCCUGCGGAGGCGGCGGCGUGGUGCAGGCAGCGGCAAGGGGGACGCGGCGGCGGCGGCGCGCCUCCCGCCGGGGAGCUUCGGGUGGCCAGUGGUGGGCGAGACGCUGGAGUUCGUGUCGUGCGCCUACUCGCCGCGCCCCGAGGCGUUCGUCGACAAGCGCCGGAAGCUGCACGGGAGCGCGGUGUUCAGGUCGCACCUGUUCGGGUCGGCGACGGUGGUGACGGCGGACGCGGAGGUGAGCCGGUUCGUGCUGCAGAGCGACGCGCGGGCGUUCGUGCCGUGGUACCCGCGGUCGCUGACGGAGCUGAUGGGCAAGUCCUCCAUCCUCCUCAUCAACGGCGCGCUCCAGCGACGCGUCCACGGCCUCGUCGGCGCCUUCUUCAAGUCCUCCCACCUCAAGUCCCAGCUCACCGCCGACAUGCGCCGCCGCCUCUCCCCCGCCCUCUCCUCCUUCCCCGACUCCUCCCUCCUCCACGUCCAGCACCUCGCCAAGUCGGUGGUGUUCGAAAUCCUGGUGAGGGGCCUGAUCGGGCUGGAGGCAGGGGAGGAGAUGCAGCAGCUGAAGCAGCAAUUCCAGGAAUUUAUUGUCGGCCUCAUGUCCCUCCCCAUUAAGCUGCCUGGCACUAGGCUCUACAGAUCACUCCAGGCCAAGAAGAAGAUGGCGAGGCUGAUACAGAGGAUCAUCCGGGAGAAGAGGGCAAGGAGGGCCGCCGCCUCGCCGCCGCGGGACGCCAUCGACGUGCUCAUCGGAGACGGCAGCGAUGAGCUCACCGACGAGCUCAUCUCCGACAACAUGAUCGACCUCAUGAUCCCCGCCGAGGACUCCGUCCCGGUGCUCAUCACGCUCGCCGUCAAGUUCCUCAGCGAGUGCCCUCUCGCCCUGCACCAACUGGAAGAGGAGAACAUACAGCUCAAGAGGCGAAAAACCGACAUGGGUGAGACCUUGCAAUGGACAGACUACAUGUCAUUGUCAUUCACACAACAUGUGAUAACAGAGACGCUGCGGUUGGGCAACAUCAUCGGUGGGAUCAUGCGCAAGGCGGUGCGCGACGUCGAGGUGAAGGGGCACCUCAUCCCCAAGGGGUGGUGCGUGUUUGUGUACUUCCGGUCAGUCCACCUCGAUGAUACGCUCUACGAUGAGCCCUACAAGUUCAACCCAUGGAGGUGGAAGGAGAAGGACAUGAGCAAUGGCAGCUUCACUCCUUUUGGUGGUGGGCAGAGGCUGUGCCCAGGCCUGGAUCUGGCCAGGCUGGAAGCUUCCAUCUUCCUUCACCACUUGGUCACCAGCUUCAGGUGGGUGGCGGAGGAGGACCACAUCGUCAACUUCCCCACCGUGCGGCUCAAGCGGGGCAUGCCCAUCAGGGUCACCGCCAAGGAGGACGACGACUAGCCACUAGCCACCACUACUACUAUACCGAUCACCAUACUCAACUAGUAGAGGAGAUCCAUCAGAUGCAUGCAUGGAUCGAUGCAGAUCGGUCGGUCGAGUACGAGUAGCCCACACGAGUCGACACAUGCAUGCAACAAGCCAAGUUGCACACACCAAGAUGCACAUAUAUAUCAUCUAUAUGUCGAUCUAUACUGCUACCUACCUAUAUAUAUAUAUAUAUAUAUAUAUAUAUAUAUAUAUAUAUAUAUAUAUAUAUAUAUAUAUCACACGUGUACUAGUACUACUCUAGCAAGGGAUAUGAUCAGGAGGGGCAAGCUCUGAGCAAUGGUCCCUGCAAGAUGGCCAGUUGCUCUAGCCAUUGAUAGAGGUGCUUACGUAUGGUGUAAUUAUACAGGAAGGGUAGGCCAGCAUUAGCUAGGAGGCAGCUUUGUUAAUUUAGCCAACAUGUAUUGAUGUAUAAGCUACUGAUCGAUUAAUUAACAGUACUACUAUUGUAGAACUACUGCUCAUUGGCCUUUGAUUUGAUGCUGGUGCUCAUACUA